AUGCAAUCGAAAGUUAGGAGGAAUAACGCACUUUCCCUGUUACUGCUGCUGCUACCUUACGUCACAACAGGAUUUUUGCUUUCCGACGCCUACAUCAAUAUCAUCAUGGAGUAUCACGAAAAUGCGAGGAAGUCCGUGGAGCCAAGGGCAGCCGAUAUGCAGAUGCUGGUUUACGAUGCAGAAUUAGAGAGACUGGCGUGGAAGUGGGCGCAACGGUGUGUUUACGAGCAUCCGGAUGAUAAUUGGUCCGAUUAUAAGGACUACGGACAGAACCUAGCCUAUGUGACCUUGCGAGAUCCCCUCGAAGCCCUGUAUAUGACGCUGGUGAUGUGGUGGCAAGAGAAGAUCGGCUACAAUAUUGAGGAUGAUUCCUGUACCCUUGAUUACUAGGUAAUUGGAUUGGCGAUGAUCGUUAUGAGGCGGGACCGUCUUGUAACAAAUGCCGGCCUGGACAGAAAUGCAAAAAGAGACAGUGCAUAG